AUGUCACUCAUUAACAACCAUGACAAUGAGCCUAUUUACAUCUCUAACCCAAAUUCUUCAGAAGAUCUCUCUUCACCGGAGACUUGGGGAUUAGACGGAGAAGCUUCAGCUUCAAGCAAUAGCACCAUAAAUUCCGAUCAUCAACGUAAUCAAGGGUUUCUUUUUUAUCCUUCCGAUGAAACCAUUGAGGAUCAUAAUUCUUUGAUGGAUUUCAACACUUCGUCAUUCUUUAGCUUUGACCAUCACCGAAGCUUUCUCCCUCCCAAUAGCGCCUUCUCGGUCUUGGACGGGAACAUGAGCUACAGCUACACAGGUUGGAGUCAACAAAUAGAACGCAUUAGCCCUAAAGUCAUAAAAGGUUCAAAUUGCUUUGAAACAAUGAGCAGCUUCGGAUUGAUUUCAAAUUCUGCGCGUAAACCGGCUACAGACCAUAGCAAUGGAGACUGGUUAUAUUGUGAUUCAACCCUUGUAAACACUGAUUCGAUGGUCGAGUCGGCAUCCCCUAAACCGCCUGGAAAUAAACGUCCUUCUACAGGAGAGAAUACUCAAGCUUCACAGAAGGCCAAGACUAUGGCAACAACUCCACCGAAAGAUCCACAAAGCCUAGCAGCCAAGAAUCGACGAGAAAGGAUAAGCGAACGCCUCAAAGUAUUGUAAGAACUUGUACCUAAUGGUACCAAGGUUGAUUUGGUGACUAUGCUUGAGAAAGCAAUUGGCUAUGUCAAGUUUCUCCAACUACAAGUUAAGGUACUUGCAGCCAAUGAGUUUUGGCUGACACAAGGAAGAAAAGCUCCGGACAUUUCUCAAGUUAAAGAAGCUAUUGACGCAAUCCUCUCAUCAUCCCAACGAUAUAGGAACUCGAACUAG